CUUCCGGGUGGUUGUCAGUGACGCUCUCGAGCCGUCGUCAGGGUAGCCUGAGAGGGUGGCCCGCGGGAUUCUGGCCGGCGGGCCAAGCUACUGCUAGAUCCGCGCCGGAGGCGGGAGACUGGUGCAUUUUGUGUAUUUCGGAAAUAACUCUGCUGAAGAUACUAAAAAAAGGGCAGCUUUACUGACAACUCAGAAGGAAACAAUUUUCUACCUACUUAGGAUUAGAAGACCAGCUAAUUCUUAGAGUCUUCUGAAACAAAAUUAGAAUUGUUGUGAAGAUGCAAUGAGUUAAUCCAUGUAAAGGAUUUAGAACCAGGCCUGAUAUGAGAAUGGAUUGGGGAGAUGAAUAUUCUCAAAAUUCGUUUGAUCUACAUUGUUUGUUAAAUUCCUUUCCUGAAGACUUGGAGUUUAAACAGAUCUUCAGUGACAUUGAUGAAAAGAUAGAACAAAAUGCUGCAAGCAUAGAACAUUGCAUUAAAGAAAUACAGUCCGAAGUUAACAAACAAUGCCCAGAUGUGCAGCUGCAAACAACAACUGACUGUUUUGAAUGGCUAAAUAGCUAUAAUUAUAAUUCUUUCAAGUCACCUUCCAUUCCCCAUGGAGAUUUGAUAAAAUUCCUCAAAACAUUGCAAGAUUUGUUGAAGAAUGAACAAAAUCAAGAAGAAAUGAUAUUGGAUUUACUUUGGGACCUCUCCUGCCAGAGCAGCGUUUCAUUCCCAUCUGCUCUAAGUGGAACAUCUUUCCAUUUCCUGUCUAGGACUUCUCUUCAUUCUGUUGAAGAUCAUUCUUCUAUGGAUGUGAAGUCUAUAUGGGAUGAUAUAAGCCUACAUCUUCGACGCUUCUUAGUGAGCCAAUUACAAAGCCAUAAUGAAAUAAACAAUGUACAGCAAAAAAUUUUGUUGAAAAAUCAGUGCAUACAACAACUCUUGUUUCUUUAUCCAGAAUCAGAAGUUAUAAUCAAGUACCAAAACAUACAGAAUAAACUGUUAGCUAAACUUCUACAGAACUGCUUUCCUUCUUACAGCAGAGAAUCAAAUUUAGACAUAAUGGUUCGUGGACACCAAAGUACAAUGCUUAAGUUAUACUCAAUGAUAAGAGAGGAUUUUAACACACUGUGUGGAAUUUUAGCUUCAUCCUCAACAGUGAAAUUCAUUAAAGAAACUUACCUGGAUACUGUUACAGAAGAAAUGGCAAAAUUUCUUGCAAAUUUUUGUGAGCUGCAGUUCAAAGAAAGUGCUGUCCGUGUGAUUAAAACAAGCAAGAGCUCCAGCAGGCAUAGAGGAGCAGUGCAUGCUUUGGUUGCUCCUGAAUGCCCAAAGAAAGGAAGCAACUUUUUCCUUUCCUUAGAUGAACUCAAAUUCUUAUCACAGCUCGUAGAAUCAUUUGUGAAGCUGGAAAAAAGUGUCGAAGAAUUGUUUGAAGAAAUGUUUUUAUCGCUCAGGAGACCCAGGAGUACUUCAGGAAUUUUGGAGACAUCCAAUAGAGAAGUUGUAUUAGAGAAACCUAGAGCAAAUGAAAGCAAUAUUCCUUCAGAGCAAUUGCUACUGGUAAAAGAGACUACUUUACUAGAUUUUGGCUGGAGAACUGCAUUUAAAGGGGUGUCUCUUCCCAUGUCACAUAGUAUAACAGCAGCAAUUGAAGAUUUUUCCACAAAAAUUCUCCAACAAGAACAGAAUGAAAGGUCUUCAGCUGUGAGCUAUACCAUGAACCUUGUAAAUGUCAAGCAAGUUUGGCAAGAUAGCCAUGUGGUUCCUGAGGAGGACCAACCAAAGAAAAUUGCAAAAUUUUGUUCUGACAUCAUGGAAAAACUUGACACAAUGCUUCCACUGGCUCUGGCAUGCAGAGAUGAUUCUUUCCAGGAAAUUAGAGCAAACUUUGUGGAAGCCUGUUGUAAAGUGGCAACAGCUGUCCUGGUGAGACUGCAAGAGAGAGGAAAGGAGUUUCCUUCCAAGGCACCCCUGAAAAACUUGCACACAUUGCUCUCCACAGCAGUGUAUGUCUUCCAGCAGUUUUCCCGAUAUGAUCAUUUGAUGAAAGAAACUACUAAGAAACCCAUAUUCCUGGUGCCUGUCCAACGAUAUCAGGAAUUCAUCAACACUCUACAGUUUCAGGUUACGGACUACUGCGUCAGAGUUUGUGCUACAAGCAUUUUACAGGAUGCUGAGAGCCACCACUGGGAUGACUACAAAGCUUUUUAUGAGGGGGAAAGAUGCUCCUUCUCGCUCCAGAUGUGGCAUUAUUUCUUGUGGGCUCUUCAUCACGAUCUCUGGACCAUUCUCUCCUCUAAGUUAGCCCAGGAGAUUCUAGCAGAAGUGCUGGAGAAAUCUUUGGGUCUACUAGCCUCCAGAUAUGCUCGGGCCCAUCCCAGUUAUAAGAGAACUCCACAGAUAAGACUUGAUGUCACAACUAUUUUAAUAUGCACUGAGAACAUGUUAUGGUCAGUUUGCACAUCUGUACAGAAGCUUUUGAAGCCUCAUGAGUAUACAGAUGAUAAAAUUUUUAGAAUUCAUACCCAUUGUAAUAAUCUGUUUACAACAUUAGUCAUUUUGACUUCACCGUUAACUGAAUUAUAUCAAUUGUUUCUUCUGGCAACCCUAUGGUUGAGGACUAAUUUUAGACAUGGAGAAUUCUUUCAGAAAUGGGAAGGAAUGGUGAGGACUUUUCAGUAUGGCAUGGAUGAUUCUGCCUCAGAUUCCUUAAAGCCAUUUUUCAAGCAACCAUUACAUUGGUUUUCUUGCAUAUCACAUUUCUACCCUUCCUUACUCAGGACUCCAUCAGCUGGACGACUGACAGCCGAGGGUCAAUUGAAACUGCUCUUUUCCCAGCCAGGUUGUAAUUGGAACCUGCUUCUGGAAACCCUACUGAAUCAUAAUGGUCUUUUACUGAGAAUCUUGCUGAAGAGCUCAAAAUGCACCUUUCAAGAUCAAGGUUCUGAAACAGAAAAUAAUCUGAACCAAGGAUCCAGCUUGAUGGAAGCCAUCUUUAACGUACUGUACCAUUGCAAUUUUUCUCCACAAACAUUUGGAAAUGUUUUUGUGAGCUACAUGGAAGAAGAGCAACUAUGGGACUUUUUAUAUAACAUUCCAGUUUCACCGUACAUGGAGUCUGAGCUAGAGGUCAUCCGAUGUUUGAGAAUGGCACUGACUGGCGCCGUCAAGGACAUUGUACAGCAGAUAAUAUCUGUGAUGAGCUCUGGGAGAAACUGUGAGACAAACCUAAACAAGCACAAUGUUCCUGAACGUUUGCGUGAAAGCAUUCCGAAAGAAUGGAACUAUGUUCCAAACAAAACGAAAAGGAAAACAUCAAGCAAAGGCUGCACCAGGCUCGCUGCUCAGGCGGUAUCUAUUGUAAUCAGCGAGUUACCUACAGUGAUUGCAUGUUUGCCUCCCCCAAUUAAAUACUUCUUUUUUCUGUCUGAGAGAAAAAUGUCAAAAAACUUUGUUGAAUUGAAGAAAGCUGGCCUGCUUGUCUGGAACUUGAUUGUAAUUAUAUGUCGGAUAUUUGAGGAUGGAAACACUGUGGAACUUUUAACAGGUGCCUCCCUUGACAGAUGGAGUAAAGAGAAACUCAGUUUCAUCUGUGUGUGUUUGGAAAGCAUCAUGGGAGAGCAGAGAAGUAGCCCUAAUCAUAUGACCCAAAAGGUCAGACAGAGCAUUGAGCAGCAAAAACCCAACUGGAUUGAGCGCCAAUUAUUGAAAGCAAGAAAAUUGAGCACUGAAAGUGCAUUUAUGACAAUAGAGAAAAGCACAGCCUUAGAAGAAGGAGAUAUUGCUCUUGAACUGACUGAGCAGAAAAUAAACAUGAUGGUCCUGGAUAUCUGCCACAAACCAGGUGGCAGCGAGUACCUGAGGCAAAUUUAUCACAUCAUGCGGCUCAAUGAGGAAUACUUAAAAGAACAGCUGUUUUCUAUGAAUGGUUCAGAGGAAAAGCCAUUACCCAUCCGACCUUUAAAGCCGACCUUGAAGAGUGUGGAAGAUCAGCCUUCUGCCUUUAACCCUUUCCAUGUGUACAAGGCAUUUAGUGAAAACAUGCUAGAUCAGUCAGCCAUCAAAAAAUGGAACUGGAAUUGGUCAAACUUGCUGCCAAAUUAUCUGGGACUGGAUAAGAUGACCUUCAGUGUACUGCUCGAAAACAGAGACCUCGCAUGCAGUGAAGGUUUUAUGGUCCUGUGCGGUGCAGCAGAUGUCAUUCCAUUUGCCUAAGUCCUGCUGACAUUUGGAGAUGUGGAUUAAUUGAGCUACAGAAUGAAAUUUAAUUAAAAUUAAAUACAGACUUGGCCAUUGUAUCUGUUCAUUUCCUGCACUCUAGUGUGUGUAUUUGCAGGCAGCGCCAUAGUUAAUUUGUUUAAUCAGGAUGCUCUGUGGGGGAAGCUGCACUUUGUUUUAUGCUGAAAGACUGAAGGUGUGGAGGAUGCCAGGUUGGAUUUCAUUACACACAGUGCGAGCUGUGCAAAUGAUGCUACUGAUGAGCCUCGGAGGGCUACCUGAGGGAGCAAAGUUGCUCCAUAUGAACCUGUAGAGAGACAACUUGUCAUAGACAAGGUUUAGUGAUGUCUUUUAAAGUGACAUUAUGUGACCACAGGAAUCUCAUCUAUUACCCAUUACCAUGUUGCCAUAGUAUUUGUUCGUUCUGACAUUCGUUCAUCCACUCAUUCAACGAAGAUUUUUUGAGUAUCAACUCUGUGCUAGUCCCUGAGUUUCAGAUAGACACCACUAUUAGUGGUAAUCGUAUUCUUUUUGCCAGGAAGCAACUGAGGAAGUUUGCCACUUCCUGAACGUGCAUUUUUUUAGAACGAGAUUUUACAGGAUAUUGAAAGGUCAUCUCCAAAGUGAGGAGGAACUAUAUUUCUUUAGGUUGUGAUGAGAUUGUACUAGGGCAAGGAGGUAGAUCUCACCCUUCCUUUGAGCUCGAUUUCAAAGGCCAUCUACGUCUAGGGGGGCUCUCCUGAUUCCUGCAGUGAGAAAUGAACUCUAUCUCAAAAACUCUCCAAAGUUCUUUGUAUUUUAUCUAUCUUCCUAUCCUCCUUUCUGGAUUAUAAGAUUUUUGUCAACAUCUUUCAAUCUUGAAAAAUGCUUAGGCCAGUGCAGCAUCUCCAGCAUGUGCUCAAAGACUAUCUCUUCAAUAUAUUGUCAAGCAUGUAUAUUCCUGGGUGGUGGGCAUUUGCUGUUUUAGCAGUCUAGUAUCACUUCCCCCUUUUUGAGGCAAUAGUACCCUGCCUCUGCUUUGCGGAAUCACUCCUCCCACACCUAUGUGCCUCAGGUAAAGUUGAGUGAGCUGGAGACUGAGCCAAUUAGUGCUUUUGGUCCCCUUAGCCUCUGUGAUUCAUUCAGAAAUGGGCACAUGAUUCACACCAGCCUACUUGGGGACUAUAAUACGACAUUCUAAGGCUUUGAUUGCUAUUCUGUUGUUUAUGAAAGGAUGCAACCCAUGAGCUCCCUUCUUCUGCAAGAGGAGAAUUGUCUGAAAACUGAGCCAACCCGGCUAAAAUGAAAUCAAGAGAAUAGUCCCUUAUUAUUUUUCAAGGUUCUAUUGCUUCUCUGUUAUCUUAGCCAAUGAGUUUUUCCUUAAGUUGGUUUGAUUUGGGCUUUCUGGCUCUAGCAUACAAAACCAUACCUGACCAGCCUCAUUAUAACUGUCAUAUAAUGCUGGAGUCACUUAUAGGGCACUCCCUAUUCCGUAAGCUCCUUAAGGACAGGGACCUUGCCUCUUUAUCUAGUGACAUAUUGACUACCCCAGGGCCUAGAACCAUGUGCACUCAAUAAUUAUUUUGUGAAAUGAAAGAGUAAAUGUAAAUUCAGGUGAUUAUGUGAUUAUGUCAACAAAAAAUUUCCUAACUCUCUUUAUUUUCCAUAGACAUAGUGAUGUUGAUGAUAAGGAUGUAGUCAAAAAGAAAACAACAAAAUUUAUAUUAUGUGUUUAACUCUCAAUAAAGAGAACUAAUUUGGAUUAUUGAACUAUGGAGUUUUUGAGAGAAAUGUUACAUCUAUUUCAUCUUAACAUAACCAGCAUCAUCUAUCAUAUUACCAUGCCUGUGAUAGGGGCUCCAUAAAUAUUUGUUGCACAAACAAAUAGAUGAAUAGGGAUAUAACAGCAGGUUUUUGGCAGUUUUGCAAUAUUAAUGAAGCCAUUUUGCUAAUUUUAGACUUCAUUUAUUCAACUGGUAUUUACUGAGCACCUGCUAUGUGCAUGGUACUAUGGUAUGGACUUCAAGGGGUAAAUGAGUGGUCCUCAGUGAGUUUACACUAGAGAUGAAAAAUCAAAUUCGCACGGAAAUAACUAGAAUGCCAGGCUUAAAACAAUUUUUGCCAUAAGAGUCAUAAAUAAAGUGUAAAGGGAACUCUAAGAAAAAAAUAUGCUUACUGAGAAACUGUGUGCCAUGUAUUCAUCAGAGUGCUUUAUUUUUCAAGAUUGGCUCCUGAUGUCUGUCUGUACAGGGGUAGUUGGAUAGACAGGCAGAGCAUGACCAACAGUCCUUUUCUCAUAGAAUAUAUUACAAAGAUUCUCCUUUGCUAUGUGGCUGCUGCUGCUGUUUACCUCUUAGUCUCAUUUGGCCCAAUGCCUUUACUCCAAAAGAGCCACUCUGUUUCUAUUUGUGGCGUAGCAGACCAGUCUGUUGACUGUUGUGGCUUCUCAGCAGUCAACUACUUUGCCACAUGUUUUUGAUGUUGUAAUUCAGUGCUCCUUUCAAGUGUUGCUCCUGCCCCCUCCCCUUGUGGUUGCCCCACUUUACUUCACCAGCUGCUUGAGUAUUCCACUGCCGUCCGUUCUCCACAUCCAUCCUGCCCAGAGGAGUUGUGUUGUGACAGCAUAGCUUCAAUGCUAGUAGACUGGCUACUUUCCAGUAUUGUGCAGUUGGUGAUCCAGCCUCCUAGGAAACAUACCAUGUAGUAGGAUUUGUAACUCACAUUUUCUAAAGCAAUUUAAGGCAAGUCCAAAAGUUGUUGUUAAAAAUCUUGCCCGAUAUUUGGAGUCUGUGAGUCCUCUUUUAUUUACUCUUGUUUAGAGUUUUUAAAGAAGAAUUAAUCCUGCUUCCAUUUAAAACUGAGCUUCAGUUGACUUGUCUCUGAUGGAACACCUCAUUGCUUGCUUAAACUUGAGCAGGAUUUCAUCCUCAUUCACUUCUCAGUGUGUGAUGAGUAUGGUAACAAUCAGUGUUUGAAGCCGCCCACACAAAUGAGCCCCCAAUCACAUGACUAGGCUUGUAUAAUCACAACCUUCCUUGUUUCCUUUGUAUUGCUUCAUUGAUACACUAAUUCACCAGACAUUUACUGAGCACCUACUGUAGUGGUUCUCAAACUUUUGGUCUCGGCACACUUUUACAUUCAUAAAAACUAUUGAGGACUCCAAAGAGCUUUUGUUUAUGCCGAUUAUUUCUAUCAAUAUUUGGUAUAUUAGAAAUUAAAACUGAGAAGUUUUAAAAAUAUUUGUUAGUUCACUUGGAAAUAACAAUAAACCAAUUACAUAUUAACCUAAAUAACAUGUUUUAUGAAAAAUAACUUUAUUUUCCAAAACCAAAAAAUUAAUAAUAAGAGUGACAUUGCUUUACAUUUUUCCACAUCUGUUUGUCAGGCUUACUACAACUGGAUUCUCUUAUCUGUUUCUGCAUUGAAUCUGUUUUGAUAGGUUGCUUUGAUUGAAGUAUAUGGGAAAAAAUCUGACCUCACACAGAUAUAUAGGAAUAUUUUUAUUACCACUUCAGAUAAUUGUGGAUAGAUUUUUAAUACACAUCAAAACUCAACAAAUGGUGGCUUCUUAAAGGUUAGUUGCAAUGUGGAAUCUGAAACCCUAUCGCACAUUUCAAAUGGAUCUGUGACCAUCUAACAUUUAGUAAAUUCAUAUAUUGUUCAUUUCGAAAACAUUGGCUCACUGAGCUACACAGAUCUUCAAAUGUUGAUACAUUUCAUUAUACAAUACUGAAAAAUUAUAAUUAUUAAUGUUGUCACUGAUCUCAUCAGAAAAAUCUUUAAACAUUAGGAAGCUGCUAAGUUUAUGGUGGCAGAUAGAAGUUAUCCAAAAUUCUGAUUUUGCUUGGAUGUUUGAAUUUUAUCAUUGGUAACAAAUAUUGUCCGUUGCUUUCCUUGAAAUGACUGUCUCACUUCAUUCAUUUUUGAGAAAAUAUCUGCCAGAUACGUGUCAGUUGUUCUUUCAAGUAAAAAUGGCGUUCCAUGACAAAAGUAGCUAGGUUAGCCCACAACUCAAUCACACAAGUACUUUUACUCAAGACAGCCAUUGUAUCUUGGUAUGCAGGGACGUGCUUUGUGAGACCUUCCCAUUUCAUUACCCAGAAUAUUCAAAAUAUGUAAACUUAAGGGUCAAGAUUCAAUAAAAUUGAUUAUUUUCACUGCCUCAUCAAUGGCGUCUGUAAGUCAGACUAGCAUUUUAUUUUUUGAUACAACUUUAUUUUUCAAUGCAACUGCACAUCAGUGAAGAAUACAACAAGCACUAAUAGAGUUUGGUGUGCUACUGCACUGAUUGGUGCAAAGGCUUGAUAAGCAGUGCAUAGGUCCAUGCCCAGGAUCCAAACCAGUGAACUCCAGACCGCCAAAGAAGAGUGCCCGAACUUAACCCCUACGCCACUGGGCCGGCCUCAGAAAUUGCCAUUUUUGUGGAUCAAAAGUUUUGAAUAUUAGCAGUUUCAUAUGGUUCAACCUAUAGAAUAAAAUAUACAUUUCUGUGUGUAUAAAGAAUCAUGUCAUAAAAAUAGUUUAGAUCUAAGUGAAUACAAAACUAGUACACAACCAGCAUGAAAUGCAGAGAGCUCUAGAGAGUUUCUAAGUUGAAGAGAGAUAAAUACUAGAAAAUUUAUACAGGUAGAAGGGGCAGAACCCUUUCCAAGUAGAGGAAAUAGUCUGAGGAAAAGUUCAGAAAUGGAUAUAAAUCCAAGUAAAGGAUAUUUAUGACCUACUUAAGAUGCAGAGCUCUGUUUCUGAGGCUUGAAAAAUAAAGAGAAAUUGUAUUGGGGAAGGAAUGGGCAGUUUGAGAGUUUUUCAGUUGCCGAUCUGACAAAGUUAACUUUGAUGUAGAAAAACAAAGCUGUAGAAGAUUAUCUAGUCAUUUAUUCAACACACAUGUAUUAAAUGAUUACGAUGUGCCAAACACUGUGCUAGGCACUAGAGGGGUCAAAACUCAUCAUUUAGUCAUAGAACUCCUACUUUAGUCAUUGAACAAGAUUUGUGCUUUGAUCACAUGGUAGUGAUGAUCCUAAACAGCUGGUCAUAACACAUUGUUAUAUGUGUGUUUAAUGUGUUAUCAGAACACAGAUGAGUAAUCAAUUAAUUCAGCUUGGGGGCAAAGAGAAAAAACUGCAUGUAAGAGAUAACAUGUGAGAUUGAAUGAAAGGGGUAAUAGGAAUUGGCCAACUAGAAAUGGGGACGGGAUAUGCAGGGAUGAGGAGAUUGCAUUGGCAAAGGCACAGAGAUGUGGAAAAUCUUGGCACUGUUUAAAAAUAGAGAGGAUGGUUCAUUGUGGUGAGAAAGUAGGAAACAUGGGAAGUGUGGUUGGAAAUGUCAGUUGGAUUCAGGGAGCAACGAUCUCUGUACUCUCUACUGCAGUAAGCCUUUGAAGACUUCUUCUUAUGAGGCUAUCCUGGCAGAUCAGAGGAUGGUCAGGAGGGAGAGAUACUGCAGGCUUGGAAAACAAUUAGAAGACUAAGCCAGAGAUACUGAGGACUGGAAUCCCUGCAGUGCGACAGGCAGGAAAGGAGAGCAAACAAUUUGGGAACUCUUUGGAGGAAGAAUUAAUAAAAUAUGUUGGGUGAUUGUGGAAAGAGCAAAAGAUCAUUCAUUGCUUGUAGCAGAGCAAGGUAAUGGCAUUAAAAAGAUAAGACAUAUUGGAUACAGAGGUCUUGGGGAAAGAGAAUGAUUUUGUUUGGGGACAUAGAAAGAUCAGGGCUAAAAUGUAAAUUUGAGAGUCAUUAGUAUACAGGCGAUGUUGAAGAAAUGGGAGCAAAUGAUCACCAAUGGAGAAGCCAUAUGGAGUAGGAAGAGAAGAGAGCACCAAUCACAGGAACCAUAUUCCGGCAGAUGUGAGAAGAAGACGGAUUUUAAGUGGGACAGAAUCAAGUAAGAAGUCAAGUUCUCUAGAGAAGAACUGACGUGGCCUAGAUUCAAGGGACAGUAGUGGGGUAGAGUGAGAGGGCAUAUAUGACAGACUAUUUGGUGGAAAAAUCUUUGACGACUUGGACUUGAGCCAGAUGUUAUUAGUGUUGCUGCAACUAGAAGAGCAGGACAAGCAGGUCUUCCUAGGCUGUUUUCUCUGAUUGGAUAUCUUGCUUUUUAUAUUUCUUUCAAGAUUUCUGAAGCACCUAGUGGCCUAGAACUCAAUAAAAUUCUCCUGAAUAUUGGAGAGGUUUGGGUGCCAUGUAUAGCUCAGUAAUAAUGUUUCUAUCUCAAGGUGUCAUAGAGCCACUGGGAACCACCUCUAGCAUGUCUUCCAGUGUCUGUUUCUAGAGGGCAGAAUAACUCUACACUGGGUCUGAGAUGGAGUCAUCAUAGGGCUGCAAGGAGUAGAGAAGACUGAGUUUCCCUCUGGGCAGAAACAAAGUGACUUUGUUGGGGACCUACAUCCACACAGUCCCCCUAUUUGCUUGCUUACAAUCUUGCCCUCACUCAGAAAGCCCUUCAUCCCUAUUUCCAUCAAUCUUACUUCAUUAAGAUCAAGUUAAAAGCUCACAUUCACGACGAAAUCUAACCCUAUUCAUCCAUUCCCACUCUGUUCAUUCCCAUACUCCACACCUUUUUUGCUUUACCCCUUGAUCCGUUUUUAAAUGUUCCUUUGCAGUUAUCAUAUGCUUGUAAUUAUUCUGAACAGUUAUGUAUAUUUUUGCACACCAACUACCCAUUUUCAGCUCAUUCUUUACAUUUUCUUUUACUCCCAAAACAUCUACUAAAGAUCACCAAAUUGUAGCUACUUAUCAAUGCUUAAAUUAAUAAGUACACACACACUCACUCACAUGAUCUCUUUGAAUUAUUUCUGUUCAUAUACAUCCACAUGUUCAAAGACUGGGCAUUAUGCUAAUCCCUGGGAUUAUAACUGUGAGCAAGCGAGGCAUGGUGCCCGUCCUCAUGGAGCUUGCCAUCUCGUGGUAGGAAAGACGUACAAAUAGUAAGUGUGGUAAGUGCUAUAAAAAGGGGUAUGAAGAUCAGAGAAGCCUUCCUGGUCAAAGAGGCUUUCAGGCUGAGACCUGAAGUACCGAGUUAGCUAAGAAAAGGUGAAGAGUACACAGGGAGUUGUUCCAAGUGCAUCUGAAUGGAAGAUGUUCAUUGUGCCCAGAGGUAGAGUCUGAGAGAGGGGUGUGGUGACAGAAAGUGUCACUAUGAGGCUGGAGCCCAGUCUUAAAUGUCACAUAAGCUUUGUGAAGAAACUUGAAUGUUAUCUGAAUGGUAAUUAGAAGCCAUUAAGAUUUUUUUAAGGUGAGAUUGGCAUAGCAGUAUUUGUAAUUUUUAUAGCUAGCUCUUUUUAAUUAUUGAAAAAGUAGCAUAUAUCACAGCAUAAAAGGGCUCCCCAAGGACAGUCAUUGUGAACAUUUCUUAUGCAGUUUUUCAGAGAAUUCUAUCUAUACGUAGACAUGCAUAUAUAUGUAUUUGUAUCCUUUUUUCACACGAGAAAGAGCAUGUUGUACACACUGUUCUGUAUCUUAUUUUUUCCACUUGACAAUAUAACAUGGAGAUUUUUCCAUGUGGUCUCAUGAAGAUCCAUGUUAUUCUUUUUAACUGCAGCCUAAUAUUCAGGAAUAUGGGUUUCCAUAAAUUAUUUGACCAAAAUCCAAUUGAUGAAUAUUUACAUUAUCUUCCCUUUUUACUUAUUGCAAAAGUUGCUGCAAGAAGCAUCCUUGUUUGUUUAUCUUUGUGUAGAUAUGCCAGUAUUUCUGAAGGGUAUAUUUCUAAAACUAGAAAAGUCUAAUUGAAGGGAACCAGUAUUUCUGAAGGGUAUAUUUCUAAAACUAGAAAAGUCUAAUUGAAGGGAACUAUUAUUUAAAUUUUUAAAUAGAUAAAAAUGUUUGAACUUUAAUAGAUAUUCUAAAUUUCCCUCCAAAGAGGUUCUGCUAAUUUACAUACCCAUCAAUAGUAUAUGAUAGGGCUUAUUUUCCCCACAUGCUCAAAUUUUUAAAUUUUUCUCAAUCCGAUAGGUGAAAAUGAUGUCUAAUUUUAAUUUGCAUUUCCUUUAAGCAUCUUUUCAGACUCUUAAAACCCAUAUUAUUUUUAUGUAUAUUGACUGCUU